AAUGGCGGAUUAUCAUCAAAACAAACUCGCCAGAGCUGACUGCUAGUGCACUGACAACAGUUUGGUUCCCUAAGUCACUUAGCUGUUAAUAGCCUUACUUGUUUAGUUUACAUGAUUAAUAAUUAUAUUGAGAAUCGCAAUUAAUAGAUAGCUGACUUCCAUCUUCUUGAGUUUUGUAAAUAAUUAGGCUAUGUUUAAUAAUUAGGCUUUUUUUUUGAGUCUCACUAAUUUAGUGGAGUAUAUCCUGUCAAUUAGUUCUACAGUUUUUAACGAUCCUAUUUGAGCUACAGCUACCUGGGUUAAUAAAAGGACCAUGUAACUAGCUAUAUAUAUGUAGCUAGCUAGUUAGAGCUAGCUAUUUGUUUCUAAAAUAUAAAGUUAUGGGGGAAGCAAAAAAGUCCAGACUGAAAAAGGUUAGAAAGGACCAUGUGAAAAAGGGUAAUUUAUAGAGGAAGAAGUCAGUAGCUAUUUAAUACUGUUCUAUGCUUUAUGCAGCUAAAGUUAUCAGCUAUCACUGGUAAAGUGUUUGUGUGCUUUGUCUACAAGCUAUAUUUUUGUUAGAAUAUUGGGUGUGAUGAACAAUACUGUGGGUGACAAACAAGUCCAUACUACCAAUGCAGGAGAAAAGAAGGUUUAUUUUGCUGUUGCAUUAUUAGUUGUUUUGGCAAUAAUAUGCAUUGUAAAUAUGAUUAUUCUGAUAGUGGUAUUUUCUGUGCUGCAAAUAAAAUCUUCUGGGAUGGAAAGUAUGGCCUUUUUUAAAGAUCAUGAGCACAUUAAAUGGCUUUUGGAUGCUGAUUUUGAGAACAUUGUGAUAAAUGAUGAAAUUGUUGGUGGUUUUGCAGACAGAAAUGUUGAAUUUAUUGGUGACAAUCAAAAUUUGACAUUCUCAGUGGACAGCUUGUUGGAAUCGCUAUUAAGUGUAACACCAGAUGGGACAUUUAUUAAAACACAAAAUUUCAAAUUUGUUAAUCCUAAAACGAAGAGGACAAUACUUGACAUCAAUGGUGGAGAGCAUCUGUCAGCUGUUGGUGAAUUUGAAGGGAAAUCCAUGACAAUAAACUCAAUAAAAACACCAAGGAUUGUGUCUGAUCACACACAUGAUUUGAUCCUCUCAUCUCUAUUUGGCAACAUUAACAUUACUGGAAAUGAAGGGUUGUACGUUGAUGCGAUGAAUAUAACAAUUGAUUCAAAUCAAGACCUGUUUAUAAGGGUCAGCGAUGAAGCAUCUUCGUUAGAAUUGUCUGGUGCCAAUGGAGGAGUAAAGAUAAAUCCAUUAAAACUUCAAAACACGAAACACAACAAUGCUUUGGUGUCUGGUGUAGACAGAUAUCGUUUAUGCGCAUGUUUGGAGACGGGCGAGUUAUAUCGUGCGAAUAUUACAUCAGAUUCGAUCACUUGUGCUAUAGCGUUGGAAAAUCCCUGCUGAAAUACCACACUUAAAAAAGUUGUGAAGUGUCGCGAUGGUUGUUUUGCAUUGGAAUCUAAAAGUUUCGAAAUCAACAGCAAUCCCUUUUGUUUUGAUAGUCAACAAGGGUUCAUUUAAACAACCAGCGCUAGAAUAGUACGCUAAAAAAAUUCCAAAUGUAAUUUUUUUUUAGAUUUUUGUUAUUUUUUAAGGUUUUUUAAAUAUUUUUUCGUAGCAAUUUCAAUCUUUUGUUUUAGUAGCGGUAGCGACUAAAAGAAGCAAAGAUAUUCGCAGCAAAAAUUCAUUUUAACGUUUUGAGAAUAAUGAGAAGAUCAAAACCUAAACAUUAACACACUAAAUAAAAAAAUGCACUGUCUAUAUGUUCACUGAUUUUUAAUCGCUAAGAACUUCUUCAAAUGAUGUUUGAGGCUUUUAAAUAAAAAAAUUAAGAACACGUUAACGCUUUCUCGACUUAUAUAUAAAAACGAAUGUUCUUUAUUGCAUUUCUUUUCUUCUGUUUGAACAGGUAUUUUCUUUAAGAAUAUCUCGUCUUUAAUGUUGAUUUUUCACACUCUGUUAUUCUGGAGAUUUUGCCACAAGCUCGUAUUCUUCAAAGAUGAUUUUUUCUAUGAAUUUUUGUUUAGCUCGCCACCCACUUAUUUCACAUUGACAUCACAGUUGCUUGCAAAGAUUUUUUGUUCUCCUCUAUGUAGAAGAAACCUCACUUCCUUUGCCCUUUUUUUGUUAUUUUUUUGUCGCUUACACUGGCGCUCCUUUACUCAUAAAAUUUUGAGAGAAUAAAUUUACUGGCAUUUUGCGAAUUGACAUAGUACUUAAGUAUUUCCAGUUAUAAAUCAUCAGAUUUUUAAAAUUGUAUUUAAGCUUCUAUAUAUUCACCUUAGUCUGUUUUUAUUUAAAAAUUUCAUCUUUAGUAUUUGCGAAUUUAAUUUCCCGCAAGAUAUCUAAAUUUGCUCGAUUUGCGGGAAAUUUUUUUUUCGCGAAUUCUAUAAAAAUUCGCAAAUGGCAAGAUUUGCUAAAUUGUGUACCUGCGGAAAUUUCUGUUUUUAUAUGUCAAUGUUUGCGCGGUAAAGGAUGAUUUUAUUUUACUGCUGUAUUUAUGAUAGUCUACCAGUGAAAAUACACUUUUAUAUAUUUCGUGCUAUUUCACUUGUAGUCCUUUGUAUAUAAUCGAAUUAUUUAAAUAGAGUCGUUAGACUAA